UCAAAAGAAGAAGCAGAAGCAGAAAAUAGACGGAGGAAGGAGUUUGUAACAACAAAAAAAAAAAAAAAAAAAAAAAGAACAAGAAAAAGAAAAAGAAAGAUCAAGAUGGGACUUGUGUCUAUUCAUUCGUUUUUAAUAAAGCGCAUGACAGCAGUGGCUGAAGAAAUAUUUAACGCUCUCAAAGACAAUAUCACUGAAUAUGAGCAGGAGCUCGAGCGCCUGAGGCAGGAGAACUGUUGUCUGAGGAGCGCACUGACUGAAACACACCACGAUACUCAGCCAGAUGGAGUUCUGCAAGGUCCAGUGGGUUCAGAGCUCUCAGAAAUACAAGUAAAGGUGGAGGUUGCCACUGUGAUGCCCAAUGAGCCUUUGACUCAUGAAGCUUCUACUAGUACUUCGCCCCUUUCUGAAGAUUUUAAAUGGCAGGAACCUGAUCAGUCCCUCUCACUUCUGCCAAAUGUGAUGUUGAAGAAUGCAGAUCUUCAGUCAUCCAUCACGGUUAAGUCAGAGCGGUGUGAUGAUCAGACCGGUGAAUCAAACUCAUCUGCAGUGCAGUCUGGCAGUGAUUGUGAUGAUGAAAUUCCAGUUCCUGAACAAGACCCUCCUUCUCCUCAACUUUACAUUGAAACUUCUGAUGAGGAGGUACAAAAGGAAAUUAAAAAUCACGAGAACACAUCAAUAUGCAAAAUUUGUAGCAAGUCUUUCUGCACCGAAGGAAGUUUGCAGAGACACAUGCUGGUGCACCAGAACAUGACGCCAUUCUGCUGUGAUUCAUGUGGGAGUUGUUUUCAAUCGAAAUUCUACUUGAAAGAACAUGAGAGACUCCAUACAGUGCUCGUCACUUCUCACCAGAGCUUAUGCCUACGUCCUCCGCUGGAGCUCCACUCUCUCGUAAACAACAACAAACUGGACGCUAAACAGUCAGGUUUCAGGAGGGGCCAUUCAACUGAGACUGUGCUUCUUUCGGUCACUGAAGCCCUGCGAAUUGCAAAAGCCCAUUCCAAAUCAUCAGUCCUCAUUCUGCUGGAUCCAUCUGCCGCGUUUGACACUGUCAAUCAUCAGAUACUCCUCUCCACCCUCUCAUCACGGACAUCUCGGCUUGGAUGAAAGAACAUCACCUUCAGCUCAACCUGGCGAAGACUGAGCUUCUUGUCUUUUCCUGCCAACUCUACAGCAUGACAUCACGAUCCAGUUAGGUUCAUCAACAAUUACCCCAUCAACUUCAGUCAGAAAUCUUGGUGUAAUCUUUGAUGACCAGCUAACCUUCAAAGACCACAUUGCAAAGACUGCUCGAUCUUGCACACAACACAACAUCAGAAAGAUCAGGCCCUUUCUGACGGAGCAUGUUGCACAACUUCUUGUCCAGGCCCUUGUCAUUUCUAGGCUGGACUACUGCAAUGCUCUUCUGGCUGGACUUCCAUCAAACACAGUCAAACCUCUACAAAUGAUUCAGAAUGCGGCGGCACGACUGGUCUUCAAGGAACCCAAAAGAGCCCAUGUCACACCUCUCUUUAUAUCAUUGCAUUGACUACCAAUCGCAGCUCGCAUCAAGUUCAAGACACUGAUGCUUGCUUAUAGAACAACCACAGGCUCAGCACCCGCCUACAUGCACUCACUAUUAAGAAUCUACAUCCCCUCCAGAAGUCUGAGAUCUGCUAGUGAGCGACACCUCAUGGUACCAUCACAAAGAGGCUCAAAAUCACUCUCCAGAACAUUCUCGUUCACCAUUCCUGGCUGGUGGAAUGAUCUUCCCACCCAUAUUCGGAGUGCUGGAUCCCUGUCAAUCUUCAAGCAACAGCUGAAAACUCAUCUCUUUCGACACUACUUGACUUCACCUUAUAAAAAAAAAAAAACUCUUUCUCCUUAUUUAUUCCUUCCCUUGCUAGCUUGUACUUAUUUAAACAAUGCCUGAGACUUGGAGUUACAAGCACUUCGUUUGUCGGAUUGCCUCUUCAAGAUGAAUCGCUUUAUGUAUUCCCCAAUUGUAAGUCGCUUUGGAUAAAAGCGUCUGCAAAAUGACUAAAUGUAAAUGUAAAUGUACCUCAAAAUUCUACGAUACAAUUAUGAUUCAAUUCGAUACAGGAGUAUAUCGAUCGAUAUUUCGAUAUUAUGAUAUUAUAUACCUAUUUAAAUACUAUUUAAACUCACAAAUGCAACCAAAAUAUAUAACGUGAACAUUUAUCUGAAAUUUUCACAUCCUGUACCUCAACUGGGAGAUUCACAACAAAAAAAUAGGCCUACACUUUUUUUUUUUUUUUAAAUAAUUAAGAAAAUAAACCAUUGGAUAAACAAUUCUGUUAACAAUGGAAUGCUAGCAAUGCUGGAAUUGAUGUGCGUUUUUUUGUUUGUUUGUGUGUGUGUGUGCGCGCGCUCCGGCGCGAUCACUUCAAUUGUUUCCGUAUACCAGCAGAAUCAACUUUAAACACUUGUCUCAAUGAUCACUGUAUAAAGGUCUGCUUUUAUUUGUGUACACUCACAAUGAAAACAAAACAGAUUUUAUAUAACAUGUAAAAAAUUGUAAUUUGCACAACUGUC